AUGGAGCUCGUGGAAGUUGUCGCGUCAAGGGAUGAGGAGCUGGAGGACGUGGAAGCCCAGCAGCGCUUCGUGGCGCUGGAAGUUCCCGCUCACUUCGGGUCCAAGGUCAUGCAGCACCUGUCGAGGACGUUUCGACCGCUUUCGGAGCUCGGGUUCGCGCACUUGAAACGCUUGAGGAAGCACCCGACAGCUCUGAAAACGCUUGUGGCACUUGUUUGCCCCUUCGAUUCGACUCUAGGCGAUGACUUUGACAGGGCAAGCGCUCCCGAUGAAGUGCAGCAACUAGAGACGCUUUUUCAAGGACGUAUCACGACUGCACAAGUGCUGAAGAGAGCGCCACGUAGUCGUGCUCUGUUCGAGAAACACUCGAAGAACUGGCCGCUGAUAUUCCACGCUAGUGUCGACGAAGUGUCAGCGUCGCCUCCUAUUGAGAAGGAGGAAAAGAGGAACAUGCUGGCACACUUGCGGGUGGCAGUGGAAGCUGGAAAAAGGCUGCAGGCAAAGCGACACGAGGCACUGACUUGUGCGUGGGGAUACGUGGUAGUGGACCCGCACUUGGACGAGCACGUUGCGACGUCGAACGUGAGCGACGAGGUGCCGGUCAAGUGUCAAAUUGAGGCACUGUGUCACCCAGUGAUGGUGGCAAUCAACGUCGUUGCCGAACGUGAUCGACGACGAGGCGAAGCAGCGAAGAACGCGAUGGCUCACCCAAAGAAGCAAAAAAAGAGUCAAAAGAGAGACGAAGCCGCGCGGUGCCAGGAAGACGUGGAUGAUAUGAAGCACAGUGGGUCAUACUUGUGCACGGGGUAUGACGUGUAUCUUGACUGCGAACCGUGUGCUAUGUGCGCCAUGGCGUUAGUACACAGUCGCGCUCGACGUGUCAUUUUCGAUCGCGACAAUCCUGGCACCGGCGUGCUCGUGAGUUCGUUCAAGCUGCAUACUAUCGCUUCGCUGAAUCAUCACUACCGUGUCUUUCAAUUGAAAGCUACGUCUGAGUCGUAG